AUGGGAAGUACGGUUGUCCGUACAGGGGCCUCAGGUGAAGCACUGGUGUGUGCUGAGGAAGCAGUAGAGACUGCUGCUAGUGGGCCUCUUCCUGAGCCUGUUGCUGAGUCUGCUUCUGGGUCCUGGUCGUUAGGCUCGGAAUCAGAUUGGAUUGUUCCCCACUUAGGCGGAAAGAGCCCUUCACUGUCCGAUGCAGUUAUGCUUGGAGUGCGGGGUUCAGUCCAGAUUGGUGGAGGUACGGGGUUUUAUUUUCGGCUAUUGUUGAUCGGGGUGAACCCGGAAAGCACUGGUGACCGCCUCGAGGGUGUUUCUGGUAUCUCCCCCGGGAUGACAGUUUUGCGGGAUGAUUAG